AUGCCACCAAAACCUUCGACAUCUUACGAACUUAAUGAUAGAAUUUUAUGCAACUACAAUGGGAUUUAUUACGAGGGGAAGAUCGUAAAUGUUUCUGUGGUUGAUGGCGAACGUGUAUUUACCGUGCAUUAUCAGGGAUGGCACAAACGUCAUGAUGUCGACAUAAAAGAAGGUGAAACCAGUAAAUUGUUUCUUCCUUAUACCGAACAAAAUUUAGCUAGAGCAAAGGCGGAGCUCGAUAGUGCGAAGAUUGAAAAGAAACGAAGAAUGUCAUCUAAAGCUAGUGUUGAAACCGCUUCCAACGAGAGCACGGCUUCGACGAGCCCUCGAAUCACACCACGUCGUGGAGGAAGGCCUCUAAAAAUUUCUUCCUCCAUUCUCUUGGAAGAAGGAAAGUCUGUGAAAUUUCAUUAUGGAAAUCUGCCCAAAUCUCUUCGUGAUAUUCUAAAGAAAGACAGAGACGCAGUACUGCAGCGUCGACUCUUAGCUAAGCUGCCUGCUGUAUACCCUAUUGACGAGCUUUUGCAUGAGUUCCUCUGUACUCUUGACAUGGAGCUGGAGUUUGAUGGCGACAAAUUAGCUGUUUCACAUAGGGAUGAUAUUAGUUCCAGUCGCGUCACUGCUCUCAUUCGAUCUUGUCAGAUGAUUACUGAUUACUUCAAUAUGGUACUGGGGAAACUUCUUCUAUACCAGCCUGAAAGGGAUCAGUUCCAAUCUGAGCUCCUGCGUCUUCGUCUCACGAACCUGAAUGGUGAUGAUGAUCCGCGUAGGCGACCAUAUCUCGGUUCGUCACUAUUGCCUGACGACACUGUUCCUGUAAGAUUGUCGUCCGUUUAUGGUUUGCCGCAUCUGCUAAGACUAUUUAACUGUUUGGCUGAGAAAUUCGAAACUCUGCCAUCCGAUUCUGAGAGCAUUCUUGCACUGAAGAUAAUGUCGUCAGACUUCGUUGCGUUCCUUGAUGAGAACCGCGAAAAGUACUUCAGUGUCAGAAGGGACUACGAGGCACAGGAGUGA